CGCACGCACGCCAAGGCCGGCGGGGCGCGGGCUCGUGCCCGGGCUCGCCCUGCGCCGCCUGAGGCACGCGCACUCAGCAGGUUGGGCUGCGGCGCGGCAGCGGUGGGAACUGAGGCGCUGCGUGUCAGAGGUCCCAGACGUCUGCGGCUCCGGCUCCGCCACCCUCCGCCUCCCACCCCAGUCUCCGCGCCGGGUGCUGAGGACGACACGGCGCUAGCCUUGGGAACGCCGAGCACACCGCUGGCUUCCGAUACCGCCCUCCUGCCCUACCCAGCCGCGGGCCUCGCUCGGUGCUAGGCGACUUCGCGGGGAGGCGGCGGCGACGGUUGCCUGUCUGUGAAGAGGAGCCCUGCCCCAGCCUUGCUCCGCCGCCCGGCCCUGCAGGGGCCGAGAGAGCUCGGCACCCGCCCUUUUCGUCAACCGGUGGGAGCAGCGUCGGUCCGGGAGGUCUCUGGGCUGAGGCGGCAGUCGCUCCUCCGGCUCCAUCAUGUCCACGGGCGGAGACUUCGGGAAUCCGCUGAGGAAAUUCAAGCUGGUGUUCCUGGGGGAGCAGAGCGUUGGAAAGACAUCCUUGAUCACCAGAUUCAUGUAUGACAGUUUUGACAACACCUAUCAGGCAACAAUUGGUAUUGACUUUUUAUCAAAAACAAUGUACUUGGAAGAUCGAACAAUCAGGCUGCAGCUGUGGGAUACUGCGGGUCAGGAACGUUUCCGUAGCCUCAUUCCCAGUUACAUCCGUGAUUCUGCUGCAGCCGUAGUAGUUUACGAUAUCACAAAUGUUAACUCAUUCCAGCAAACUACAAAAUGGAUUGAUGAUGUCAGAACAGAAAGAGGAAGUGAUGUUAUCAUCAUGCUAGUAGGAAAUAAAACAGAUCUUGCUGAUAAGAGGCAAGUAUCAAUUGAGGAGGGAGAGAGGAAAGCCAAAGAGCUGAAUGUUAUGUUUAUUGAAACUAGUGCAAAAGCUGGAUACAAUGUAAAGCAGCUCUUCCGACGUGUUGCAGCAGCUUUGCCCGGAAUGGAAAGCACACAGGACAGAAGCAGAGAAGACAUGAUUGACAUAAAACUGGAAAAGCCUCAGGAUCAACCAGUCAGCGAAGGAGGCUGUUCCUGCUAAUCCUUCUUGGCCUCUUCAACUUUUCUGCAGAAGCUCACUGCUUUGGCCCCCUUACUCUUUCAUUGACUGCAGUGUGAAUAUUGGCUUGAACCUUUUCCCUUCAGUAAUAACGUAUUGCAAUUCCUCAUUGCUGCCUGUCUCGUGGAGGUGAUCUAUUAGCUUCACAAGCACAAAAAAGUCAGUGUCUAUAUUAUUUAUAUUUUACGAAAAGUCAGACAAUUCCAGCAUAUUCCAGUGAUCAUUUUAAACAUUAGAUACAGUUUCUUAACUUUUUUUUCCUUUUUAAUGUUAUGAUAAUGCACUUCAAAAUGAUGGAAAUCUCAACAGUAUGUGGCUUGGUUAAGGAAUAGCAGCAUUUGCCUACCUACUUGACCUCUCCCUGCUUUUUUCAUCUCUCCCUUACCCAUUUCCUAUUCUUACUCUCCACUCCUAAAAACAAACAAGAGGUGGCAAAGCAUCAGUCAGACCAAGCCCAUUGGAAUUACCUUUAAAUUUUAGUGAUACCACUUGUUUUAGACCUUGGGUCAAGAUGUCCAAAAUUAUUCUUGAGCACUGAAGUAAAUUAUUUAGACUUUAUUUGAGGUCAAAACUCAAUUAUCAUGGUAGGCAGUACUCAAAUAAGUGUUCUGGUGCAUCUUUAAAAUGAGUCCUAAUGAACAUAGUACUUACAAGUAAUGAACAAAAAAUUUAUUUCUGACCAAAACUAAUGACACUUUCACAUGUUAGAUACUGGGAGAGAAAAGUAAAACGGAACAGGUUUUUUUAUAUUUAAUUUUUCUAAUGAACUGUCUCUUCCAAGAUUCUAAAAUUGUCAGGAUAGCGUUCUUCUGUUUAUUUAAAAGAAUUUUUUUAAGCAAUAGAUUUCUCCUGUUUUUGUUUUGUUUUUGUUUUUAUUUUUUUUUAAUGCUGUGCAGGCAAGGCACUAUAGAAAUAAAAUUCCUUUAAGAAGAACCAGUGGAAGAAUUUAAAUUUGGCACCUUGGUCAAAACUAUAUCCAGUAGAAAUGAUGAUAUCUAAAGCUUACCAACAAAAGAAUCCUUAACAGAAUAGCAAAUACUUUGCUCAGGAUAUUUGGGGUCAGAUUGAAAAUGGCAGGUUUUCUUAAUAAGCCCCUAGAAGCAGAUCUGAAAAGCAUGCACAGAAGAGGAUAAGAGAGAAUGGAAAUAAAACUCAAUAUUAUUGCAGAUUUAUGCCUUAUUUUCUAGCUUUUUUAAAUGUUGGGUCUUUCAGGCUGGUUUUGCUUUUUAUUAGAUCUAUUGUAUAGUUUGGUUAAUUAACUAGUAAUUUAGUUUUAUAUUUAAGCUACAAUUAAUCUUUCUUUGGUGAUAUUUAUUUCUUUGCCUUUAUUAAAACUACUUUUAAUUAUUAGAUGUUUUGUUUAAUCUAUUUAGAGCUUCAUCACCAUGGCAAUAUGUAUUUCCCUUAAAACACUUCAAACAAAUAUACUAGGAGUGCACCAUUUCAAUCUUUACUAGUUAUUGUGAGAUUGCUGUGUAAGUUAAACACGUUUGUAAAUACAUUAUUUGCAGGAAGAAAUUUUCUGAGCUAUGGCUCGGGAAAAGCCUGCUGAAUUUAUGUUGUAAGCAUUACUUAACACAGUAUAAAAAUGGAAAAAAACAAAAGUAUCUUCAUACUUCCUCAUCCCCUCAUUACAACAAAACCCUUAACUGGGAGAACCUUAUUCCCCUCUCUUUCCUCUUCCUCCUCCACUUCCCAUUUAUUAUCACCUUCUAAUAUUCAGAGAGCACUUGGUAAUGGAUCUGAAUAGAGAAAUGUUUUAAGAUAAUCAUUAGCCCACAUACCAGUAACUUAUACUCAAAGAUGGGAUGGAGUUGUAAAGUGCUUUUAUAAUACAAUAUUACUGUUAAAGGCAAGGGUUGACUCUUUUGUUUUAUUUUGACAUGGCAUGUCCUGAAAUAAAUAUCAAUUCAAUAUGGCAAAUGGGUCAUAUUCUUUAUUUGAAAGAAGUUGUGAUUUCUGACAUGGGAGUGAUUGAUUUCCUACACUGUAGCAUUUGAUUCUUUUAUGUAUCUUUAAGACAGUAGUAACCAGUAUGCUGCUUUUAAUAUUGGUAUUUUGAUUUAGCUUAGGGUUCUUCAACUGAAGCAGUAAAAUGUAUUCAUAGACCAGAUUUUUUUUUUUAAAUAAACACAAUUUUGCUGCCAAAAAUAUAUAAAUAAAAUACAAAAGAAAACAA